CGCACACCUAACUAUGUAGGUAAAGACAGUCAUCGGGAGGCUGAGCCUUUCGCUGUUCGCUAUCCAGACCGUCGCAAGGUCAUAUAUUGCCCAAGUGUGGAAGGCCCAGUUCUCCUCCGUUUCCCACGGACAACCCUCUAUUAUGAAACAGAAUGUCAACAACAAACCGACAGCUGCGGCGCGAGGACUUCACGGUCGGGUGGGUAUGCGCGCUUCCCGUGGAACUGGCCGCAGCGCAGGAGAUGUUAGAUGAGGAACUUCCAACACCCGAGGUCACCGCCUACGACACAAAUAUUUAUUCCUGUGGACAGAUUGGCAAGCACAAUGUGGUCAUUGCCUGUUUACCCGAUGGUCAGACAGGCACAAACUCGGCUGCAGCAGUGGCGGCGCAGAUGAAGUCGACUUUCACAUCCAUUCGCUUCGGCCUGAUGGUAGGCAUUGGUGGAGGGGUACCAAGCGACGACGCAGAUGUCCGGUUAGGGGACAUCGUGGUCAGCAAACCGCACCAAGUGCAUGGAGGAGUAGUGCAAUAUGACUUUGGCAAAUCGACUCCAAAUGGCUUUGAGCGGACCGGUACACUCAAUACUCCACCUACCAUUCUCCUCAACGCGGUGGCCAGUCUGAAGGCUAAGCAUUUGAGAGGGAAAAGCCAGCUGUUGGAAUUCCACGCAAAACUCAAAAAGCUGCCCGAUUACAAUCGCGACUCUGCUGGCCCAGAUGUCCUUUUUGAGGCAAGCUAUGCUCACGAAGGAGGACAGACGUGUGUAAACUGCGGAGAGGCAAAGCAAGUGGAACGGGAACCACGGGAUCAGAUUCGGGUGCACUAUGGGACGAUUGCAUCGGGCAACCAAGUGAUGCGGGACGCUCUUGACCGUGAUAGAGUCAGUGCUGGACUUGGUCACGUGCUUUGCUUUGAGAUGGAAGCAGCAGGCUUGAUGAACAGCUUUCCCUGCUUGGUAAUUCGCGGAAUAUGCGAUUACGCAGAUUCGCACAAGAACAAAAGGUGGCAGCCGUAUGCAGCAGGUACCGCGGCUGCAUACGCAAAAGAGCUGCUUUCAAUUGUUCCGGAGGAUGAAGUGGCAGCAACCACUAAAGCCGCGUUGGUCAUGGCGCAACACGAGUUUCUUCCGCUGCUCUACGAUAAUGCAUGUAUGUAUGAAGACAGCAAAAGCAGAAACUGCAAACGAGUUCCUGGAACCUGCGAAUGGUUUACAAAACAUAGCCUGUUCCAAGGAUGGAAUUCAUCGUCGAAUGAUGAACAGACUGGUUUGCUAUAUGUGACAGCAGAUCCUGGGUGUGGCAAAUCCGUCCUAUCUCGGUACCUUGUCGAUGACGUCCUACCAAGGAAAGGAAGAACAGUCUGCUACUUCUUUUUCAAGGAUGAUGUCGAGUUCCAAAAGGGGAUCACAAGAGCACUCUGCUCUGUUCUCCAUCAACUCUUAAGCGCCAAUCGCCACCUUUUGACCGAGGAUCUGUUGAGACUGUAUCUGGAUCGAGGCAAGAAUUUUUUCGGGUCCUUUCCAAACCUCUGGAGUACGUUCGUUCUUGCAACUGACCGCGUAGACACUGUUUGUGUCUUCGACGCCCUGGACGAAUGCGCCGAGCAGGAUAGGAAGGACCUUACAGACGCCAUUGCUCUGGUCUGUAAUGCGAAGACAGACCGCACCAAUCAAUCUGGUAAGUUGAGAUUCCUUUUGACCAGCCGACCACAUUCCCAUAUUGCGGCUGGGCUUUCAGGCAAAUUGCAGACACAAUUGGCAUCCAUUCACAUACAAGGCGAUCAAGGACCAACAGCGGAGGCGAUUGUUCGAGAAAUUGAUCUUGUCCUCGAGAGUCGAAUCAAGGAGACUGCAGAUUAUUUUUCCAUGGAUACAGAUGAGCGUGCUUUGAUGUCAAAUCAGUUUCGCUCGGUUUCAAACAGGACGUACCUGUGGAUUUCUCUAACAUUCAGCGGCUUGAUGGACAGCAAGCUCGGCAUCUGCAAGGACGAUAUCAUGGCGUUGACAAAGAAGCUUCCGCAGUCAAUACAUGGCGCCUACGAGAAGAUCUUGGGAAGAAGCCCAGAUCCAGAGAAGGCAAGAAGAUUAUUGCUUAUCGUUCUGGGAGCACGACGACCUUUGUCUCUCACGGAGAUUCCUAUAGCUAUCGCAUUCCAAGACAGCGAUACUGGAACCUCAACAGCCGACGCAAUCAUACCUCAGAGUAGAAUCCGAUCACAUAUAAGGGAGCUAUGUGGACUUUUUGUCGUCAUCGUAGAUGAUAAGGUCUACUUGCUGCAUCAAACAGCAAAAGAAUUUCUGCUGCGCAGCAACGCAACUCCACAACAACCACAAAGUGCCGAAAUCACUCAAGCCAAGAAUGAAGCUGAUCACUGGCGGGGGUCUUUUGAUCUGAAGGAGAGUCAUACCGUAUUAGCAGCAACGUGUAUCAUGUAUUUGCACGUUUCCAUCGACACCCCAGGUCUAUCAUUUCUCGACUACGCGGCAAACCACUGGGCAGAUCACUAUCGUCACUCGCCACCUGAUACCCAAGCAGAAUUGAUAGCACAAGCACGAGACUUAUGCGUAGCUGGAGGAAAGUCUAGAUGGAUGGCGGCCGUACAUGGAAACUAUCAUCUUCCGGUUCCCCCGUCGGCUUUGCGUCUGGCUUCAGCCCUGGGACUUACCAAUCUCGUAGGGCCGCUUAUUGAGGAGCUGAAGUUGACAAAGAAGGAUCAAUACGAUGUCACACGGGAAAUGCGGCAAGCACUUUCGUCCGCCGCCAGGAAUGGGCACGGACCUAUCAUUCAGCUGUUUCUCACGUCGAGCAAGAUCAGCGUCGAAUCAAGGUCUCAUGAUGAUAAGUACGAUCGCGCCCCGUUGGCAUAUGCGGCUUCCAAUGGACAUGAAGAUGCAGUCAAGCUGCUGCUGCGAUACAAAGCCGUCGUGGACACCACCGAUAGCAUUGGAAGGACCGCGCUAUCGCUAGCUGCAGAAAAUGGCCACGAGAGCAUGGUUUUACUUCUACUGCAGAACAAGGCUUCUGUAGACGCAACAGGUUUGGUAGGACGCACACCGCUGUAUUAUGCUGCUAUGAACGAGCAUGUCAACAUAGUCAAGAUACUGAUCCAGCAUGGUGCUGACGUCGAGCUGCAGAACGGCGAUGGCAUGUCACUGCUGGCCUCUGCUUCCGCAUCUGGGCAUCUCGGAGCCGUUAAGACUCUGCUCCAACACUGCAAGGUCGCAGUGGACUCGAGAGACAUGCUUGGCCGGACUCCACUGUGGUCCGCUGCCUUCUAUCGCCAUACGGCUGUCAUCAAAGCCUUGCUGCAAAUCGGCAAAGCUCGGGUCGAUACCGUGCCCUACGUCUUGCGUCAGACACCACUCUGGUACGCAGCAGCACAAGGCUAUGCAGACACCGUCCAGGCACUACUUCAGUACGGCACACCCGACGUCAACUGGAGAGACGACUAUUAUCUCCGCCCUCCACUACUCUGCGCUGUCUACAUCCAGAACCUCAACACAGUCCGGCUACUACUCGACACGAACAAAGUCGACAUGAACGCCACAGACAAAAACCACCAAGCCCCGCUCCUCCUCGCCGUCGCCCUCGACAACGAAUCCCUCAUCAAACUCCUCCUCGACAAAGGCGCCAACGCCGACUGCAGAAACAAACUUGGCCGCACCCCGCUCUCCCUCAAAGCCAGCCUCCCCGGCACCGCAAUCAUCGAGCUGCUCCUCACCACGCGCAAAGCCGCCGUCGACGCGCCCGACGACUACGGCCGCACCCCGUUGUCCCACGCCGCGGAGCGAGGCAGAUUCGACACCGUGCGGCUCCUCGUCGAGGUCGGCAGCGCCGAUGUCAACGCGCGCGACGAGUGCUUCUGCCGCACGCCGCUGGUGUACGCGGCGCGCGGCGGCCACGAGGACAUCGUCGCGUUUCUGCUCCAGCACGGGGCGCGCACGCAUGUCGGCGAUGAGUGGAGCCGCACGGCGCUGUCGUACGCGGCUGCGCACGGCUACGAGGGCAUCGUGAAGUUGCUGCUGGUGGCGGGUAGUGCGGAUGCGGUGCUGCGAGACUUCAAGGGGCGGACGCCGCUGGACCAUGCCGUCAAGAAGCGCCAUGCGGCGAUCGUCAGCCUGCUACAACUGUCGUAGCAAUCGGAAUUGUCCCCGUUUGAACGCACGUCUCUGCGCGCCAUCACGCCAAGGCCUCACAUGGGUACAGCAAUGCGUAUUCGAUCGCUAUCAGAACACAGUGCUCCCGCUCCCAGCUUAGGUACUCAAAUGCGAUCCCACCCCGCAACACCCUGUUUCCGCAUCCGCGCAUACCACGCCUGCACAUACGGCAGCCCCGUGUGCGGCCCGUACGGAUCGCGCUCCCACUGCGGGCGCGGCGGCGCGAGACCCGUGUCCUGCUUGCAGGAGGCGAGGAGCUGGGAGAGGGUGCCGCCGCGGUUGUAGCCGACUCUGUCACCCUCCUCGUUGGCUUCUGCACCGCCCACUUCAUCACUGGCAUCUCGUGCUGUGUCGCCGCUGGCGCCGUCCUGGGUGCCGUUGGUGGUCCCAGCGGCACGUUCGCGCGCCAUGGAGGCGCGCAGCGCCGCGGUGCCGUGCUCGUCGAC